AUGGAGCCUACCCGGGCGAGAGGAGUGCGAGGACCCGGAGGACGAGCCCGGUACUGGAGCACGCUGCUGCUCGUCUUGUGGGAAGUAUGCGCCGGUCACGCCGGAUCAUCCAGUCCCGGCCAGGUGGCACCAGACUUGACCCAGCCCCGGUUCGCCACCUCCCUUCCCACCUACCUUCCGGUGCAGUGCCAACUAAGUGGCGCUGACUCUGCCUUCUUCCUGCGCGAUGCCAACCAGGACGGGAUCCGCAACGGGAGCCUGGCAUCACGCACCGAGCAUUUCGUCCUGCACCACCUGGAGUCAGGUGUGGCUGUGCCACAGACCUUGCCCGCCGUGGUGUGCAGCUACGGCAAUUUGAGCACUGAGCGGCAGAUCCCCGUGGAGUUGCUGCAGGGGCCGCCGCCCAGUCUGCAGCCCACCGCCAGUCACGUCACCCUCAAGUGGAAGGUGAAGGGCCAUGUGGUGGUGCCCAAAGUGGGGGCCACGCAGCCCUGGAUACAGGUUCUCUUUUACCUGGUGGGCCGCCGUUGGGACGAGUCCGACCCACCUCCUCCGCACCUCCUCCCGUGUGUCCGAGCCUUGGCGGUACGAGACCCCAGCGAGGCGGCUCCUUCGGCUGGCUGCCGACUGGUUGGACCAUCCGGCAUCUGCGUGGUCCGCUUGGAAAUUCCCCCCGCCUGGUUUGUACCCCUGCAGGCCAAAAGACGACCGGCCGAGGGGGCAUUGCCCUCCCUGGAUGUGUACUACUCCAUUAUACCUGUGGAAGGAGCCGGACUAGAGUGUCCUUCUAUUGUGAAUGAGCCGUGGAAAAGUUUGAAUGUGAACAGUGGCCCUCUUGGUGGUCUGGGCAUAAACCCGUGGAGCCCCCUGAUAGAAGGAGGACUUCAGGACAUGCAGAAAGCCGGCUUGGUGGCCAUGAGCGUGGCCCCGGUGGCACCCAAAGGGGAGAUACUGACUCUAGACCACAACUUGGAUGUCCUGGUGCCCCCCAGCCCAGUCCGGCUGGGCAAGACGGUGGCGUUCACUGUCUACAUGAAGACGACGUCGCACGAUGAGCAAUUCAUCCUGAGGGUGUGGUUCCAGUCGGGAAUCAGCUUCGUCGCGGUGAAGCCCAGCGACCUGGUGGCCUGGGAGAUCAAACAGGAAAUGGCGCCUAGUGGAGGAUCGUUGGCCGUCAUGUGCCAGAGGAAGAUCUUGUCUACCGCCACCGCCAGGUUGGAGAGUCCGUCUUACGAGGUAAUGCAGUUGGAUUUUGAGGUGGACAACGUGAUCACUUUGGCCCCCACCCAAACUUUGCACUGGAGCGUGGAGUACGCAUCUGGAGCUCCGUCUUCCGCUGAAAGAGUGUCGCACCUUUACGUGAGCAACGCGGACAUCCAGGGCAUCGUACCUCUCGCACAGGACACAGAGGUGUUGAACACGGCCAUCCUGACUGGUCACCGGGUGUCUCUGCCCGUCAAGCUGGUCACGGUGGGGACGGACGGCCAAGUGAGGGAAGUGGACGACUCGGUCAGCUGCAGCUCAGCCGACGUCGACGUGCUCAAAGUGUCUUCGAACUGUGAUGAGGUUCUGGUGAAUGGCAAGGAGAUGCGCGGGCAUCACAGGGUGACGGUGGCCUUCGCGUACAUGCACCUGACGGCGAGCCUGCCGCUCACCGUUUGGGUGCCUAAGCUGCCUCUGCAGAUCCAUGUGUCUGACACCGAGCUCAGUCAGGUCAAGGGCUGGCGCGUGCCCAUCGCCCCAAACACCGCCGCCAACGCCAACAACAGGAGGCCGACCCGAGACAGCGAAGAUGACGAAGACGACGAGAGGAAGGGCAAAGGAUGCACCCUGCAGUACCAGUACGCCCUGGUGAGAGUCCUCACCCACUUUGUGGCAGAGCCCUCCGACCCGGGAGGUGAGGUAGUCCACAUGCUGGGCGCCGACUGGCAGGCCGACAUCACUCACCUGGUCCUGGAUCAGCUCAAGGUGGAAGAUGAACGCAUCGCCAGGCUGGUAGACAGACGAGUUCUUAUUGGACGAGACCUAGGCAUCACCACCAUACAAGUGUUGUCACCUCUGUCCGACUCCAUCCUAGCAGAGAAGACCGUGACCGUGUUGGAUGACAAGGUCACCAUCGCAGACAUGGGGGUCCAGUUGGUCGCCUCGCUGUCGCUCACCAUGGCGGCCGCUGGUGGAAAUUAUCAAGCCAUACAGCUGACCGCCACCGCCAGCGACCUAAUGCAUGCGCCCAAACAGGAAGCAGCCAUCAGCGCCUGGAUCCACUACAGUGAUGGCUGCAUUACGCCACUGGACAUCUACGACCCCAAAGACUUCCUGCUGUCUGCCGUGUCAUUGGAUGACACUGUCAUCUCCAUAACCAACGAGGAGCAACACUGGCCUGUGGUGGUGGCGGAGGGCGAAGGCCAGGGGGCACUGGUGCGUGUGGAGAUGGUGAUAUCGGAGACAUGCCAGAAGUCCAAGAGGAAGAGUGUGUUAGCGUCGGGCGUCGGCAAAGUGGCGGUCAAGUUUGGCGAUGGGAGAGGAGGAGACGGAGGCGGAGUUCCCGAAGAAGGAGACAGGCCGGACAAUGGCACUGAGCAGCUGAGAGCUGGAGAGGAAGCAGAGUGGAAGUCCAAAAGUGUGGUGGUGUCCGAGGACCUUGAGGAAGGCGCUAUGAGGAAGGUCAUCUUAACGACCAAGAGUACCGUGACCCAUCGGGCGUCGAGCGUGAAAGCAGGCAGUGGCAGCGGGGUUGGCGGCAAGGGUACGAGCCAAACGGGUGACUAUGCCGGUUACCCGGCACAAGUGGAGGUGCCCGGACCCUUGGACAGCGAGCUGACCCAGACCACCAGAGGACUCUCAGACCUGGAGAUCGGCAUGUACGCCCUCCUGGGGGUCUUCUGUCUGGCCAUACUCGUCUUCCUCAUCAACUGUGUCAGCUUUGCCUUCAGGUACCGCCACAAGCAGGUACCCGUCCUGGAGACAGGUGGAAACAUGAACCACGCCCACGACUGGGUGUGGCUGGGCAAUGACGCCGACCUCCUAGCAGACCACCCGGACCAUCCGGACCCGUGUCCGGGGGUGCUUCCCGACGAGUGCACCACCAUCAUUGACCGUGGCGAGGACACCUACGAGGAGAACAAGUACCUCCUGAACGGGGCGGGUACCGCCUUGGCCGUGGCUGCCAACAGGGGCGGCGGGGGGCACCGCGGUGUCUCCCACAGCCAGACCUUACCCCGGUCCCUCCCGGACUCCCACCAGUGCCUAUCCACCAUCACCGCUGCCCGACACGACACCGAGCAUCUCAACAACUCCCCCAGGGCGUCCGCCAAACGCAAACGGGUCAAAUUCACGUCAUUUGCCACUGUGCUGCCCAACGACCACCACCAGGGCGGAGCUCGGGGCAGCAGCCCAUACGCCAACCCCUCGGUCCUGCUCGGGAAGGGCGGUGAGGACGACAUCAAGUGGGUCUGCCACGAUGUGGACAUGAGCCAGUCAGAAAUGAGGAGCUACAUGGAGAGGCUACAAGACAGUUUGUGACUAUGUGGCGGGUGGGGCGGUGUGGUGGACGGGGGACAGAGGGGGGCCGCCCA